AUUCAGGAGAGCGGAAAUUUAGAAGAGGGACAGUUCUGUUUGACAAAUUCUGUGAGAGAAUGAAAGGAUAUAGAAGAGUCAAAUACAGCUUAUUUGCCUGCUGUUACAUGUUUUCGGUAGCCAGUACAGUUCUGGUUGCUGUCGGAAUCUAUUCCAAGAUUGCCAAAGAGAAAGAUGUUGUGGAUACGUUGACAAUUGACCCAGCUCUCUUGCUGAUCAUUGUUGGGUCUCUAAUGUUAAUGAUCACCUUCUUUGGGUGCUUUGGGGCACUACGUAAUGGGACCUGGUUACUGAGAAUGUUUCUAGGAAUCCUGGUGGCAAUCCUACUGCUUCAAAUUGUUGCUGCUGUGCUCGGAUUUGUUUUCUCUGAUAUGGUCUUGGAAAGGACAGAGAAGCUGAUGAGAAAAGCCAUUGUACGUUAUCGAGAAGAUUUGGACUUGGAAAAUGUCAUUGACUUUGUUCAAAAAAAGUUGCAAUGCUGUGGAGUACAUUCAUACAAGGACUGGUCAUACAACAUAUACUUUGAAUGCCUGGAUGGCAAUCCUAGUCAAGAGGCCUGUGGAGUGCCCUUCUCCUGCUGUCUGCAACUGCGCAAUGAGACCAUUUUCAACACCAUGUGUGGCUACAAGGUCCAGGGUUUGGAGGAGACCACUGCACAGGGGAGAGUGUACACCACAGGCUGUCUUGACAGGAUUGUAUGGUGGGGGAAAAGAAACCUUUUCCUUGUGAGUGGGCUGACUGGGGGGCUGCUCCUUCUUGAGAUUUGCAUGCUUUCAUUGGCUGCUGCACAGGUGUAUAUAAUAAAGCAUGUGCAAAUGAAGAGGACAAGAAAUUGCAGUCUGAGCCCUUCCUUCUCCAGAGAGAGACAAAAUUCUUCUCCCGAGAAGUGACUCUGUACUGGGCCUUGAUGUUCCGGAGUGGAUUGUAUUCUGGACGGAUUUUAUAAGGACAGUGGAAACCUGCUUUGAUAAUGUCGCCGAGCUGGGAUAUUGCUACGAAGCCACUUCUAUGCGACAACAAUUUGAUGAUGGGAGCAUAAACGUACUGGACAUAUAAAAGAUUUCCUAUGAAAAAAAGGUUGAAAAGAUUUAACACCCUAUUUGGAUUAUAAUAUGAUAAUAAAUUAUUGCCAUUAGUUAAAUAAGUGUCAAAUAGGAUAGGACAUUAGAAAAUGUAAAUAUAAUUUGUCUGAGACAAUAGGAAUUCACAGCUGUGUUGUAAACAGUAAGUUACAAACAGUAAAGAUUUGUGUUUUUUUUUUUUUACUGUACAAUACAAAAUACACUGUACUAUAAAAAAUAUAAACCAUUAAUUUUACGUGUCACACCAUGUUAGAAUGUUAUGAGGAAAGAUGAAGGUCCUCAUGAUUUCAGAGUGUCUAAUAUAUUUUCAUUUAAUCAAGACUUUCUACAGGCACAGUACAUUACUGUCUAUCAUUUAUAACUGAUGGCAGUGGAUUGAAGUACCCACCAAUUGACAGUCUACAUGUGAAACAUAUUGUCAUUGUGUCAUUUGAAAUAUAAUGCUAUAUAAUAAUAUAUAUUUAUAUAUUAUAUAUAUAUCCCCUUUUUUAUUAUCAUAGAUUGCAUUUAGAUACGUACCAGAUGCCACAUCCCAAAUAUUGAUGGUUCGAUCUUGUGUUCCUGUAAAGACGUACUGAUCACACUUAGAGAAAGUAGCACAGAGAACCCCUUCAAAGAAGAACCCCUGUACAUGAGGUAAAACAAAAAAAGAAAAGAAUUUGUUAACAGAAUAAGGCUAUGAAGUUUGUUAAUGGCUGAUUGAAAUUGUCUGCAACAGUUCAGGAGUUUUAAGAUUAGGAUACAGCGAAGAAAUAGAAGUAUACACCUGCGGUAAAUUGUUUCCAUCAAAUAUGUGAGCUGGCUAGCAAUUAGACAUAAGGACAUACAUUAGCAAUACCUCCUCCUAUGUAGCCAUGGGUAUUGCUGUUGUGGCCUACAAAACCUGACGUAGCUAGUUGUCAACGUAUUUAGUCACAAAAUGUUGUGUCGCUGACCUGCCUCCUAGUGGACAUAGCUUUUAAACAUCAAUGUUGACAUGAAGAACGCAGUCGAGUAUGUGAACAAUGCCACAUGUGUAGCUUUUACGUAAAUACAUACACGUACAAAACUGAAGUAUACAGAGGCCUUUA